AAGAAGAAAUAGAAAAAAAACCAAACAUUUAUUUCUGCUUCUUUUCCCUCACACUCGGACAUAAAUGGAUAAUAACGCGGCGAAUUCGGAGAAAUCGCAGCUGAUCCACGAGAAGAACGCAAAGAUGUAUUCUCUGAAACUGCAAAGCUCUUUUCCAGACUCCAAAGAGUCAUAUCCCGACUUCCCGUUUAAGAACGGCGGCGUGGCCGGUGCCAUCGAGCUGAAGCGUCCCGUGGGCGUCCACUGUCACGGCACCAGAGCGCUGGCGUGCGACGACAGCGCGGACAAGCUGCUCGCCAGGAAGAAACUCUACAUCGCCUCGGCCGUCUGCCUCGUCUUCAUGAUCGGCGAGGUCAUAGGAGGUUACCUGGCUCACAGCCUGGCCAUCAUGACGGACGCCGCUCACCUGCUGACAGAUUUCGGCAGCAUGCUGGUGAGCCUGUUCUCCCUGUGGAUCUCGUCCAGACCGCCCACCAAAACCAUGAACUUUGGUUGGCACAGAUCAGAAAUCCUUGGGGCGUUCAUCUCUGUCAUAUCCAUCUGGAUCGUCACAGGGGCUCUGGUCUAUCUGGCCGUCGAAAGGAUCGUAUCUAACGACUACGAGAUCGAAGGCCACGUAAUGUUAGCCACCUCCGGCUGUGCCGUCAUCGUGAACAUUAUCAUGGCGUACGUCCUCCAUCACUCGACCAUGCUCCACACUCACGGCAGCGGCUACCAGCACAUCGACGAGGACGGCCAGAGUCCCAUUGCCCACAGCCACGGCCACACACUCCUCGGCGGUGGCCACGGCAACACGAGCAUCCGUGCCGCCUUCAUCCACGUGGUCGGCGACCUGCUGCAGAGCGUCGGCGUCAUGGUGGCGGCGACUAUCAUCUACUUUCGGCCGGAGUACAAAGUAGCAGAUCCCAUCUGUACGUUCCUGUUUUCUGUCUUUGUCCUCUGCACCACCAUCACCAUCCUCAGAGACGUCUUCAGGAUACUCAUGGAAGGUUCUCCCAGAGGGAUCGAGUUUAACUCAGUGAAGGAGGUGCUACUCUCUGUGAAAGCUGUGAAGUCCAUGCACUGUCUGCACCUCUGGGCUCUGACUCUGGGACAAGCUCUGGUCUCUGUUCACCUUGCCGUAGAAGAGGGUGCCGAUCCUCAGUCUGUGCUGCAGGAGGCCACCGAUCUGCUCCACACCAAGUUUGGUUUCCACAGCAUCACCAUUCAGGUGGAGCUUUACUCUGAAGACAUGAGCUACUGCUCCCACUGCCAGGACCCCAGUGACUGAUACCGAUACUGGACUGAUACUGGACUGGACUGGACCUAACUGGACACGGAACGGCUCAGGCACAUUCUCAUUCUCUGUGGUUUUACUGCACCGGUGAGAUCUGUGUUCACAGUACAGAAAAACAUAGAAAGAGCCUUAGGUUGAGUGUUGUGUUCGCCAUUAACGUCACAAGGAAUCAGACCACAAAAAUCAUCCAUGUUUGGUUGUCAGUCAUUAAUGCUCGUGCUACAUGCUAACAAGAAAGACACCAAGAAAAUCCUCCUUAAAAAGGAGACGCACGGUGCUUCAGUCCGCAGUGUUUCAUUGGGGGAUUUAACAGUUAAUUGUAGGACAUUAAAUGGUACGAGAAAUCUACCUAAAGGCUAAAUGAAGUUGGAGACAAAAUUACCAAAAUGUUGCUCCUAUCCUAACAAAUAUGCAACACAUCCAUUAAACCUUUUCCAAUUCACUUUCUUCACAUCAUCUCGUUCACAUAAUCCUGUUACUAUAAUAUUUAUGAAAUUCAUAGAGGGAAACAAAGCAUGAACAACAGAAAACUUUCAAGACUUCCAAGCUACAAUUUUCUUUAACCGUUUUACUGUAGCUCUUUAAAGACCUAAAAAGAAAAGGAUAUAGGAUUUGUUCAUAUAAGAAGUACAUUUGCGUAGAUGGUGACCAGGAAAAACAUCUUGCUGGUGAAAAUAGCAAGAGGACUCACCUCUACAGUUCCCAAGAGCAUCAGGGAGCAACAGUGGCCUUCACAUACCAAAAAGGAUGUACUCACUCUCUCACAACUUUAACGACUUCCUUUUUCUUCGCUAAUUUAUGUAUGAAAUUUUUGUGUGGGGGCGGAGCUUCAAUCGUAAGCUUCUGGCAGCCUCUGUAAACCAAGACCUUUACCAUAACCAGGCCUAUGUUAAGGCCACAAACCCCAAAAACUUAUGCAAACAUACUUAAGAGUCGUAGUAUCUUUGAUUUCCGCCAAUGAACCCUCCUUACUGUUACAUACUGGACCUUUAUUUUGAAAUAUGAAGGCCAUGUUUUAAAUUUAUGCAACUAUUUCAGAAGGACUUUGUUUUUGGUUGUGCCGUCUGUCCAAGUGCUGUUUGAAAAACACUGCCGGAUUUUCAGUAUUUCAUGUUAAUUACGGAAAACUGCCAGACACAGGAGCUCAUGAUGUUCUUAAUUACUCUCCAGCACCACCACUGCUACUUAAGAAAUCUGAUUCCUGAUACAGUAAAUUAGUACACAGCACACUUUGCAAUGGUUUAAACAAACACUGUUGGUAUGAAGCACCUGACAGGGAAACGUGGAUGACUUUGACGUCUGUUGUUUCAAUGCUAAUGAUCAUCUACCAGGUUCUCACGCUAUGGUCCACACUCAUCUUAGCUUCAUUAGCCUGCUUUUAACCAAAGGUCCGUCACUAAGUUCUCCAGUGGUACCAACUUAUUUUGAGUUUGAGUCGUUGAAAAGUUCUUUCAACCUUCUUUUUAACGUGAAGUCUUUGAAAAACACCUCACCGUCUUCUCCUCUUCUGUUACACUAACUGUCCUUAUGCUCUCCUU